UAUUUUUAACAACUUUUAGAUUUACUUUAAUACAUUCCUAAAGAAAAUAAUGUACGUUUUACUCCAUACAUUUUCCUUGACACCUAAAAAUGGUCUAAUUUACACUCUUAUCAAGAGAACAUGCCUGGGUCCGUACAUCCGUACAUUUAAAAAAACAAGAAAAUGAUGCCGUCUGAUUUGCUUAAUAUAAGGAUUUUGAAUUGAUUUAUACUUUUACUUUUGAUACUCAAGUAGUAUUUUACUGGGAAACUUUCACUUUUACUUGAGUCAUUAUCUAUUAAGGUAUUUUUUACUUUUACUCAAGUAUGACAAUUUGGUACUUUUUCCACCACUGGGGUUAUGUCAGUAACCUCCGGUAGCCGCUAGAUUAAGCUUGUAACAAACAGAGAUGAAUGGUUUAUCUUUUGAAUGGUUUAAAUUACAAAAAUAUUAUUGCUCUGCAAUUUCACCGUAUUUUGGCCAGGUGGGACCCACGUACCCUAGAGAGGUUAAAAAAAGUAAACAUUGGCUUUUGAUUAUAUCACCCUUUACAAGGUGGGGUCACAGGCUUUUUUUAAAUAUCAAAAAAGUUGGGGAACCCCUGCCCUGAUCCUAAUUUUAACCCUAACCCUAACCCUAAACCUAACCUUAACCCCAAAACCUAACCUUAAUCCUAACCCUAAACCUACACCUAGCUCCUAACCCAAACCGUAUCUCCUACACUUAAUUCUAACAUCAACCCCAAAUAAACCCCUUAAAAAUAGCAUUUGACCUUGUGGGGACUAACAAAAUGACCCCAGUUGGUCAAGUGUUUGUUUGUUUACUAUUCUAUUUUGGUCCCCACAAGUACAGUUAAACGCAUACACACACACACACACACACGCACGGACGCACGCACGCAGGCACACACACACACACACACACACACACACACACACACACACACACACACACACACACACACACACACACACACACACACACACACACACACACACACACACACAGAGAGAGAGAGAGAGAGAUGCACACAUCCAGUAAGCACUGACUGACGUAGGAUGUACAUGGAUGUUGAAAAUUUUGUGAAAUUUGGUCAGUCCAUCUUGGUCUUGAUUUCAACAUCAACAGAAGUUAAUUUCCAGACCGGCCUUGAUUUGGCCCUAAAAUAAAUGCAUAUAAUUGGUUCAGAUUUGGUCCGCUCUGGACCACCCUUGAUUUGGCCCAAACAUGGACAUCUAUGAUUUCUUAAGAUUUGGUCAGCUCUGAGCAGGCCUAUGUUUGGUUCAGAUUUCGUCCUGUCUGGACUAACCACAUUUUUAUGUCCGUAAAAUACGUAUUUUCAAUGUUUUUAAAAUACAUUUUCAACUUUCACUUAGAACUGAAAAUUAACUUGACUUCAACGUCCGUGUCUUUUCAACUUCUUUCCAACAUCAUUUUGCUCACUGGGCACUCAUUUCAUACAGUUUUUUUUGCCAGAAUUGUCCACUCAGUGACAAUUUCCACAGUUUUCCAAGGAUUCCUGGAUUCCAUAGAAUCAAUAAAAACAUACACAUCACAUAAAAGUUGUCUAGAUAAAAACACACAUACACAAAAGCAUACACAGCAUACCCAGUAGUAAACAUACAAAAAUAUGUACACACAUACAGCAUAUGCCGUGUACAUACCAUUUUUAAGGACAACUUGUUGUACGUUUUAGUUAUAUGACAUACAGAAUGUUUUUUUAGAAGUGUGCAUUAUGGUCAGAGAGGCUGUGGGUGGUGCUAUGACCAAGGGAAAGCUUUACAUUGUUAUUGCAAUGUGCUCUUGUUAGUUUUGGAUGAGGUUUACUCUUUGCCACUGAUCUCAGAUUUGUACUGCCCCAGCCUGAUACCUAAGGGGGGUUGGAAAGGGUGUUGAUCCUACAUCUGAAUAUGAUUUUGAAUAUAGGUUUAGUUGUAGAUUAUUUUCACUAGUGGGUGAUUGAAAAGUUAAAAAAUUUGAAAAUUACUUUUUGAACACACCUUAGAGAGCAUGCUGAAGCUAAAUAUGGACACCCCUGCUGUGUACCUUUUAUCCGCUUCCUGACAUAGUAAACCACAAUCCAUCUCCAAAUGCCAAGCAGAGACGCAUUUUUCCAGUCUUUGGUAUGACUUGACCGGGGAUCGAACUCCCAACCUCCCAAUGUCAGGGAGGGCAAAGAAUGAUCUUGACAAAGUAUGUAGUCGAAAAGAAUUAGCAUGAAAAGUCUUAACAACACAAGAAUAACAAUACAGUGAACCAUAUAUUGUUGUUUUUUACAAGAAGCUGCACUGUAAAGGAACAUGAAUAUAUUGGUCUUGUCAUGAUUUUAUUGUUUUUGCUGGUAGAGUUGACAGCAGACCACUCUCUACCAGAUCAGAUACUCAUCAUGAGAGUGGCUGAGAGUGAGUGAGAGGAAGUGUGAACAGAGACAAAUUAUUGCGAAACUCCAUGUAUGCUGUAGUAGGCUAGAGUGGGAGGGUGUAUGUAGUGUAGUGGGGAGGUGAUCAUACUCAGUGCAUGGACACUCUAUAAGAUGCUCAUUUGCAUUUGCCUCGCUCUAUCUGACUGAUUGAAACUUAACACCAGAGGUAACCGUUCUCUCUCUGUCAAGAUUUAUUUUGAUUAAGACAAGUUUUGCUUUCUGUGACUGCUCUUUGGGGAGGUGGUCAUUUCUGUGAAGGAUUUCCACAUUUCUCAUAUCUGGAAGUUUUCUUCCACUACUGUGUGUCUUGUCUUUUCUGCUGACAAGACGACCUGAGUAGUCAUACUGUACAACCCACACUAGUGCUUGGUCUUGCUCUGGGAAAGAAUCUCUCUGUGUCUCUCGUUGUGUGCCGGGACCCCUGGUGCGUGGACCUUGCUCAGGUACUACUUGACUUCCUCUUGGAGGAUCCUUUUUCAGUUCCUUAUAUUCUCUGAUCGGAGACAUCAUGGCUGAGGGUGGUGUCCCGUACCCCUCCGUGUUCAUGGUGGAUAGCCAUGCAACCUACCCACCGCUGCCCCCCAAGCCGAGACCUCCUGGUCGGGGUGGUGUGGCCCAAAGCCUGCUGUUCUUGCUGGUUGGUCUGGCUUUGUGUGGCUUGGCCAUAGAGGCCUGCUUCAUCUACCACCUCUACUCUAAACAGGGAUCUGCGGAGUCAGGGUCAGUUGGUAUGAGUAUCCAAGACCAAGAGGACAUUCCGAAGGAUGUUCCCCCAACUUCAAGACCGAACCCUAUUGUGUUUCCUUCAAAACCUGUUGCACAUCUGACAGCUCGACCUCAAGCACCCCAUGGAGAUGGAGUCAUGGCAUGGAACAUGCAGGCAGAACCGCUCCUCCAUGAAAUGGAGUACAAAGAUGGCAAGCUUGUCAUCCAGAAGGAAGGUUACUACUACGUCUACUCUAAGAUCUUCUUCAGUGAGGUCAAUGUUGAGUUCACACACUCGGUCUGCAGAAAUACUCUACGGUAUCUUGGGGAGGACAUUGAACUCCUUAAGUCCAGAAGAUAUUACCCCAAGUUUGGGAAAAUGAUGUCCACAUCAAACAGCUACCUGGGAGGGGUGUUCCACUUCUUUGAAGAUGACUCCAUCUUUGUCAAAGUGAAAAAUGUCACUCAAGUUCGGAUACAAUAUUCCACAGAGAACGUGUUUGGUAUCUAUAUGAUAUAAUAAGCCUGGGGUUGAUGAUGAAGAUACUUAUUUUUAGAUAGCUAGCUGAUUAUCAUUUGUUUAAGGCAUAAUAAUACUGUAGGCCAAUUUACAUGUAAUGUUGCUACGCAGGGCCUUCCCCCUUCCCGGCCCACCGUCAUUUUCUUUAAACAAAUCCUUGCAUCAAGAUGCAAUUCGAUGCGUGGAAAAUUGACUGUUGAAGAAAAAGCCCCUUUAUAAUAAAGCCAUAAUAACGUUUGCCAUGUGGCAUACACUAGGCUACAGUUGAGCAGAGGCAUUUUUAGGAUUUCCGCCCAUGGGGAUUUUUUUAGCAGGGUCAUAAAAGAAUCCGCUUUAAAAAAAAUGCAUUUAACGCAGUUCUACAUCAUUUACAUGACCUAAAGACAUUAGUUGAAUCUUUUUAUUGCCACACAACUGACUGAAAUGACUGGCUACUCUGACACUGACAAACUGAGAUCAAUCUGGUCUUGAAUUCAAACAAACAAUAGCCCAGGCCAAUGAAGCAACACAAUAUUAGGACGCAAUAUAUAUACAGUAUAUACUGUAUAUCAUAGGUUACAGUAGGUUACUAAAUAAAAUGUUGAGUGGCACACACCUAAUGAUGAAGAUGAAGCCAUAGGCUUCUCACGGUGAGGGCUGAUGUUAGCUAAAAAUUGGGAGUUGUCAAGAACAUUUUUUUAUUGGUUCUAUAGACAGAUUAGUCUUCUCUUUUCACUAGUAGGCAUUUGCUUUCCAAACUGUGCGUUCUUCCCACAAUUUUAUUUUGAAAUCUGCAAACUGACAGCUGCUUCCCAACCAUAGAAGUACAAUCCAUAGAUGGCAGUUCCCAUUCAAGUCAGAACUGGCAUCCACUGCUGGUGUACCACUUCUAUGGAGUAUAUAUCUAUGGCCAAAAAGCAACAAGCUGUAGCCUAUUUGGGGCGCAUGACCUUCCUGACUGUAGGCAUACCAGUAACUGACAAAAUAAAGGAAACACAUGAGUUAACAAGGGAUACAAGGUAUACAGUAUGUUAUGGUGUGGGGUGCAUUUUCCUGGCAUGGUUUAGAGCCACAUGCAUAAUCUAUGCCAAGGAGCAUUGAAGCUGUUCUGGCAGUUCAUGGUGGCGCAGCACCCUUUUAAGACACUUUUUGUUGGUGUUUCCUUAAUUUUGGGAGAUAUCUGUAUGUGCUUGUGAUAAAACUUAAUUCACAGUUAUUUUUUUAUAAACGAUUUAUCCUCUGCAGCUAAAUUAUGCUUUCUGGUGUAUUUUGAACAUUGAGAGCGAGCGCCUAUGGUUAGAUAAAAAAAAUAUAUAUAUAAAAUAAAAAGUUUUAUUAUUUUUUGCCUCUUGGGCCCAGUCCUUGACUCACACAAUUGACCAGUCCUAUUUAUUUAUAUAUUUUUAUUAAUCAAUUACCCAAUCAAGACAGGGGACCCCCUACCCC